GUUUCCGGGAGAGACAGUGCUGGGGGUGCGAUUCCGGGUGAAGGGAGGUGGCGCGAGGCGGAGGGCGGGGGUCGCGCGUCGUGGGGCCUGACCUCGGCGGCGUCCCAGUCCGCGCCCAGGGCUCGGCGCAGCCAUGGAGAGCGGAGGGCGGCCCUCGCUGGGCCAGUUCAUCCUCCUGGGCACCAGCUCCGUCGUCACCGCUGUCCUGUACUCUUUGUACCGGCAGAAGGCCCAGGUCGCCCAAGAGCUCAAGGGAGCUAAAAGAAUCCACUUGGGUGAAGACUUAAAGAGCAUUCUUUCAGAAGCUCCAGGAAAAUGUGUGCCUUACGCUGUUAUUGAAGGAGCCGUUCGGUCUGUUAAAGAAACGCUUAACAGCCAGUUUGUAGAAAAUUGCAAGGGGGUGAUCCAGCGGCUGACGCUUCAGGAGCACAAGAUGGUGUGGAACCGGACAACUCGCCUCUGGAACGACUGUUCCAAGAUCAUUCACCAGAGGACCAACGUGGUGCCCUUUGACCUGGUGCCCCACGAGGAUGGCAUGGAUGUGGCCGUGCGGGUGCUGAAGCCCCUGGACUCGCUGGAUCUGGGCCUGGAGACGGUGUACGAGAAGUUCCACCCCUCCGUCCAGUCCUUCACGGACGUCAUCGGCCACUACAUCAGUGGGGAGCAGCCCAAGGGCGUCCAGGAGACCGAGGAGAUGCUGAAGGUGGGGGCCGCCCUCACGGGGGUGGGCGAGCUGGUCCUGGACAGCAGCUCCAUCCGUCUGCAGCCCCCCAAGCAGGGCAUGCAGUACUACCUGAGCAGCCAGGACUUCGACAGCCUGCUGCAGAGGCAGGAGUCCAGCGUCAGGCUCUGGAAGGUCCUGACGCUGGUGUUCGGCUUUGCCACGUGCGCUACCCUCUUCUUCAUCCUCCGGAAGCAGUAUGUGCAGCGUCGAGAGCGACUGCGCCUCCAGCAGAUGGAGGAGGCGUUCCGGGAGCACGAGGCCCAGCUGCUGAGCCGAGCCAACCCCGAGGACCGGGAGAGUCUGAAGAACGCCUGCGUCAUGUGCCUGAGCAACUUCCGGUCUUGCGUCUUCCUGGAGUGCGGGCAUGUGUGUUCCUGCGCCGAGUGCUACCAGGCCUUGCCGGAGCCCAAGAGGUGCCCCAUCUGCAGGCAGGCGAUCACCCGGGUGAUUCCCUUGUACAACAGCUAAUGGUCUCGAGGCCCCACAGUGAGACCCCCCGCCCCGCUUCAGGGCUGUUUAUCUCCAGGCCUUUAGAAGAGCAGUGGUGGGCGGCUGUCAUCUCACAGCCCCAGCAGCAGAGGGCGGCCUUUCCAACGUGCAGGGGACCUUUUCCGGCACUGAGCACAGACUCACAGCUGCAUCCCGGGGCAGGCGCCGUGGCGCCGCGUCCCUUCCCUGGAGGCCCUGAGCGUGCGUGGCUGAGGACAGCUCACCGCUCAAGUGCCAAAGUCAGUGGCCUCCAGCUUUUCUGUUCUGGUGUCUUCUCGUCCUUUCUGGUGAGGUGUCGGUCCCUGUGGACUUGAGCCUUGAAUGACUCGGCCAGAGGUGGGGCAAAGUUGCCUUGCGGAGCCGCUUCUGAAGAGACUGCGCAGUCUCCUUCCCCCUUGCUUACAGCCCGGAAAAAAGUUGUCAGGCUGGACGCGUCACUCGAGUCCCUUUCCCUCACGUGCUGGCCUCCUACACGUGCGCACACGUGUGUCAGGACAAAAGGAAGUGAAAUCCUGCAUCUGCCCCCUGCCUGACAGGGCGGGACUCUGGUCAGAGAAUGGAGAGAGGUCAUUUGCGGGGGCACUUGGACCGGUGCCCAUUCAGUGAUCCCCGUGGCAGUGAGGAUGGGGCCGCUUAGCUGCAGCCCUGCUGGGGCCACUACGGACCUAACGAGAGGGCCACCAGAGCACGUGUCCGCCCUGGCUUGGAACUCCCGAGGCCUGAGCGGGCUGAGGGCUCUGCUUUUCCCAGAGGAAGCAGUAAGGGCACUGCUGCCCCAGCCUCGGGCUUUCCCAGCUCCACUCCAAGGCUGGCCCCACGGAAAAGAAGCAGCCGGCAUCCUGAGCGCAGAGCCUCUCCCGGCCCCCCGGCCCAUCCCUGGAAAGUUCACAUCCCGUGGGUGUAAUCACACCGCCCUUCUCACAGGCCUGCUCACCCCUCAGCUGUCCCGCUCGAGUUUGUGAGUGUGGAGAAGUGGGGAAGCCUCUCUCACCACCUCUGAGUGUCCAAGGCCACGUGCACGGCGCUUUCCUCUCUCGCUUCCCUGGCUUUGAAUAUCCAUGCCCGAUCCUCCUUUGUGCGGGGGAGAUGGGGGUGCUCUCAGGGGGCUGACGUCGGUUCUCUGCGCGUCCAGCAUGGACGGCACAAAUAAAAGACGUUAUAGCCA